UAAACAUAAACGGAGAAUAACAACCGACUUAUAAUUACGAAACACCAGGCAAGCGAACUACACCACAGGAACUACCUCACACUCUCGACAUAUUAUCUGUGAAAAAACCAUGGUCCGCCGCGCUCUCAGCCACCGUCGGAGCAGCGGCCUCGAUCUCAAAGUUGACACGGCCGCGUUGUCCCCGGACUAUAAUACCAUCCCUAUCAUGAUUUUCACCCGCACCGCGCGGCGCGAGUCGCUGCCACACUCGCGGCACCACCAGCUGCGCCGGUCGAGCAGCGUCAGCAGCAGGAGCACCGUGUCGUCGUCGUCGUCGUCGUCGUCGUCGUCCUCGACCUCGUCGUCCGUAGCGAGGCUCGGUGGAUCAAAUAGUGAUGGCGGUGGGAAAAGGGGGACGGACUCAGUUUAUGAUGGAGGUUCGGUCAUCGAGGAUGAGGCUGACGAGACGUUGGAUGAGGAAAACGAGAAAGAAGGGGACUUAGAAGUCGCUCAUGUGGGUUAGGUUAAUCGCCCAGUCAUAAUGGAGCCUGUUGGAUAUGGGUAGCACCUGCAAGCCAUUAUCAAUAUAAAAAUCCAAUAAUUAGAGCUCCCUCCGAUUAGCUCAAUGAUAAGUACCAG